GGUAGUAGUUUUAAGUGUUUGACUAAAUGCCUUUAUCAGAUCUGCCUACCUGUUAGCUGGAAGCAAAUCAAGAUAAUAAAAGUCAAGAAUAUUUGGUUCGAGUUGAAAUCUGCAUUAUUCAUGUGAAGAUAGAAGCUCCUAUCAUAAAAAAUCAGUGAGUGCUUGGCCCGACAACAACGGCUAGAGCGGCUUUCAAAGCUUGUUUAUCUGUAACCAGCAGACUGCUAGAUAUUAUGAAGCCGUCAGUCCGCUGUGCAGUCAGUACCUAUCUGAACGAGCUAGAGUCAACUUGCUUUAACAACUGUGUUAUGAUCAAGAUCGAAUAAACCAUGGCACCACAGACAGCCAGCACGGGAAACGUGAACCUUAUUAACGGACGAAAUGCAGUAUCUGCAAGUAAAGAACUAUUAGAUUGCAAUCACAAUGCUGUAAUCAGCGAGAAGGCCGCACAACAACAGGCUACCGUUGGCGCCCCGAACAAACGACCCUCAAACGGGGGCGAUGUAAACGAUCGUAGUCGUAAGUUAAUCAAAAGCUGCUUCACCCAUCUCAACACUAACCUCAAUGUGCUGGUCAUCGGAGCCAAAGGGGCAGGAAAAUCUUCCCUCAUUAACUCCAUGAACAUGGCUCUUACACAAGAAUGGAAGGACAGGGCAAAAUACUGUCCUGGAAGAAAUCAUGUCAUCGAUGAGUGUGUUAUGUUCCACAACAAGAAAGCAGGCGGGAAAGUAGUUUUCUGGGACACCCGUGGCUUUGAGGACAUUCAUGCAGAUGAUCAUGCCAUUCUCAUCCUGCGAUACGUCCUCGAAGGUCGCAUCCCAGCCAAAUGCAUCCCGUGUGUCCUUCUCAUGUCCAAAGAGAUCAUUAAGAAGCGAUAUCACAAGAUCUCAGAGACCAAACGACGGAUUGACCUGGUUUUGUUCGUCUCUUCCCUCACUGAGGAGCCCAACACCCGGCUUAUGUCACUCACUGAGCAAGCCAUCACCACCUCCAAGCACACCUGUGUAAACAGAGUCCCGAUCGUAUCGGUUGCAACCAAGAGUGACUUGUUCAACACAGUGAAGCCGGACGAGCUGCACGACUACAGCCUCGAGCAUGUCGUCACCGAACGCCGUGAUUCCGCACGUGCUUCCCGCCGAAGUCGACUCGCAACUGUGCCUGAAGUGGUUGCAAGUGCAAAGGUGGUUGACAACUACCGAUGUGAGCUCGAACCCUGGAGUGACGAAUCAGCCAACCCUUCCAUGGUCAAAUCAUCACCUGACCGCGACGCUCUCCUGUUGUCAGUUUGGAGAGAAAUCGUUUCGAGAACGGCUGCGUGCGCCGGCAACUCCGACCGACGAAAACGAGCUUACUCCGCAUCCUCACGACCAAUGUGCCGUUGCCUGCCCUUCAAAUUCGACUACAUGCGACUGAGAAGUGCUUCUUUCUGACUGGCCGGACACAAAAUAAGCAAAAGGCCCCAAGCCAGGAGCUAAUAUGUACGGACACAAGCGACGCUGCAUUCUAAACUGCAAGCGAGUUAAACAUUAUGCGAUUUCGGUUCCAGAGGUGACUACCGCAAAGACAAUUUUGCUUUACCCUUUCAUGUAAAAAGCUGGUGCUCUUUGUACGUUUAUUUGCACUCGUGAUGAACUGCAACUUAUGGCAGUGCGUCCCGCUGUUACACGGAUUUCCAGCAAGGACGAGCGUCAUCACUGAGCGCUCUAAAAACUCAGGGUGCAACGAAGUACCUCUUGAAGUGUACUUGACGCGAGGGUUGGCAACCCUUCAAUUCAACCAACAUUUAUAGGGACUAGAAAGGUGUCUUCGGGAGGCCACAGCGCCCCUCUUAUUGGUUAAGGUGUAUAUCGAGAGCCCCGUCUAGGUGGCAUUGCGGGGCAGUAUUAUUAGCCAUACAUUUUCUUGGCUAUGAUAGCUACAGACUUGCCAGAAGCAACGUUUUAUUAAACCCAAUCGUAUUAGGAAAUUGAGUGCCUUUUCACGCACUGGUAAAUUUACCCGCUUGCCAAUCUAUUAAACACAAAUCUGUUGGAUCAAGUCGGGAUGUAAAUUAGAUCAUUGUGCUACCCAACCGUCCUUGCGACAAACUUUUUUUGUGUUCAUUCUGUGGUUAUUGUAAACAUUCAAUUCAUCUCAGGCUUGGUGAUCUCCCUAACGCUUUGAACACAGCAGCCGGGCAUCGCCGAAUAAAACGUUGCUGAUUUUAAUAAGAGGCUAAAUCAGGCCUUGCAUUUGAACAUGUUGUUCCACGCUUUUCUCUCAGUGUUCGUUUUCGUGGGCCCUUGCCGCGUUUUAUUCAAAAUAAUUCUUUUCUUCUCUGUAUGGUGCAGAGGCUGACGCAAAGCGUCGUUUUAUUCUGAAGCUUUUUAUCACAUCUUAACAUUUUAGUGCUGCGUUCUUUUCAAUCGAACCCAAGAGAUAAAUAGCAGUUUAAUCUUUCACUGUUCUUACCGUUGUCUGCCUUGUUCAAUGAUCAUUCAUUUGAAAAGGUGAUCGUUCUAAACGUGUUUCUUUGGCGUUUUUUCACCUCAACAUUUGUUAGUACUUAUUCCAUUUCUGCAUUUUAUUUCAAUACUUAAAACAAUAAAAAAAAACUUUAUAAAAUA